CUCCCCUCAUCUUCUGUUAGUCUCUAGAGCUCCCUGAAGUUUCCGUGUGCCGCUCCGUCAAUCGAUCGAUCAAUCAAGGCCUAGAAAAGCACGAAAUGGCCCCAAAGGCAGCGGAGAAGAAGCCCGCUGAGAAGAAACCGGCGGAGGAGAAGAAGUCCGCCGCGGCGGAUAAGGCGCCGGCGGAGAAGAAGCCCAAGGCCGGCAAGAAGCUCCCCAAGGACGCCGCUGGCGCCGGCGACAAGAAGAAAAAGAGGACGAAGAAGAGCACGGAGACCUACAAGAUCUACAUAUUCAAGGUCCUCAAGCAGGUCCACCCUGACAUCGGGAUCUCCAGCAAGGCCAUGGGGAUUAUGAACAGCUUCAUCAACGACAUCUUCGAGAAGCUCGCCCAGGAGGCCUCGAGGCUCGCGAGGUACAACAAGAAGCCCACCAUCACUUCCCGGGAGAUCCAGACUGCCGUCAGGCUCGUCCUCCCCGGUGAAUUGGCCAAGCACGCUGUCUCUGAGGGCACCAAGGCGGUCACGAAGUUCACCAGCUCUUAAAAUUCGUCUUCUGUCGGUCUGGACUUCUGUGGAAAUUGGGGGGCUGAUUUAGGGUUAGGGCUUGCUGUAGGGUUAGUUAAGCGUAUGUGUUUUACAAGGCGUGUUGAAGCAAUGAUGAUUUUGCAAUGUAAAGAUCUCUCUUAUGGCUUGAAAUGAAAAGACGUAUGAUCUUCUGCUCCAA